CUCGACGUUUCGACCUUUCGAUAACUCUCCUGACGGUCGAAAGGCCCACAGUUCGAAACGUCGAGUUUUGUCUAUUUUAGGCAAUUGUUAUACCACAUUUGAUGCUAACUUGUUAUAUAACUUGUUAUAUGACUUAACCGGCUUCACACCAGACGAGUUUCCCGUUGCGUUGAGUUUCCCCUUGCGAUAAGUUUCCCUUUGCGAUGAGUUUCCCGUUGCGAUGAGUUUCCUGUCGGAUUUUAAGCCUUUAAGGGCGCUGCCUAAUUCCCACUGUGUGUUCUGAGCACGUACGUACACGCACGUCAAAGUUUAAAUGCUUUUAAAUUUUUAUUAUUUAACACCUAUAGGUCAACAAAUGCAUACUAAACUACACGGAAAACUAAAUUCUUUCGAUUUAUUCACUUAGUUUUUUGAACGAUAACUUAUAUAUAAACAUUAAGAACUUUGUACGUGCGUUUUUUGAAGUAUUAUAAUAUGAUGCAUGUUAUGUUUUUUUUUACUUGGUUACGCCUCCAGAGUAUUUAGUUAAGCCGUUAAGGAUAUUGUAGCAUUGAGCAAUGACAUUGAGCAAUUAUUAUGUAAGCCAGUUAGGUACGUAUAACAUGUUCUGUUGUAUUCUGCCAUAAAACAGUUUGGGAAAAUGCGUUUCGAUCGUCGAAGGUCCUCAUCUUACCGUGGUUUACAUUUGAAUGACAAAAUUUUGGUUGGAGUUGAGAUAACAACUCAAUACUUAGGUUCAGGAACGAUUUCUCAAUGUGGAGGAACAGAUUAUGAAAUAGCUCGUGUUAUAUAUGACAUCCAUUGUCUAUAUGCAGAAGAAAAAAAGAAGUUAAAAGAUGCUCGAGAAGUUGUUGUAUUUAUUGAUAGUCAAAGAAUUGACAUAUCCAGUAGAGAAGAAGAUCAUGUUUUGGUCAACUUUCCUUUGACUCAGGUUAAAGACGUAACGUUAUGUCUCAACAAAGGUCCUUACUCUCGAACAUGCGUCCUCGUAGCGAGAGAAAAUUUCUUUUCUCAGUACAAGGCGUACGUAUUUUACUGUCAGACUGACGACAUGGCACACGAAUUUUAUGAAUUAGCAAAUUUGGCUUUUCAACUUGGCUUUAAAUUGCUCGAAAAAUUUCACCGCGGAUCAAGCAAUCGUUUAUCUCGAGGAAAAGGCAGAGCUAAAUCUAGUAUAACGAGACGCAGUGUGGGAAGAAGGUCGUUGCAAGAUGAUGAUUCAGAUGGGAAUGAUUAUGUGUUGUCUGAGGAAUAUCAAUCAGAUGAAAUCAGUAAAGUUGGAUGUUGUUUUGAAAGUGAACAGUGUUCUUCUAGUGAGAGAACGGCCACUAUAGCUAUUCAAGAUGAGGACAUUCUGGAAUUUACAACAGGAUCAAUAGAGCUUAGAGAACGACAAGCAAGUUUUAUUGAUACUGAACUAAAAGAGAACAGUCGCUUCGAACAUAUGCAUGGUUCAGAAUUUCAGUUUGGUAAAUGGUUUAGAAAAUCCUACCGCAGGAUUAAAAAAUACUUUAAACAAGAGUCAACGGACGAGGGGUCAUAUAUCGACUUUGAGAUGUGUAGCUGAAAGACUCGCAAUUAUUUAGAUAUGCGCUGCUAAACAUUAUUUAUAUAUUUGAGAGAGUUGCGACUACUUGGUAACGCACUGAUUGAAAUAUUUAAACCACUAUAGUGUAAUGACAAAGAAAUGGUCGGUUGUUUUCAGACUGUACAAGAGUUUUAGUAAAAAUAUAGCGAUUUGAUGUUAAAUUUGAUUUUAUUAUGUCUUUUUCUACUUUGCUACAUAGCCUAUAUUAUGGUCUCACUUCUCGGCAAUAUGCUAAUUCAUGCUUUUUGGCAAUCGUUUAUUUCUGCAUGUUGUUGAGAUUCAUUUUGGAUUAUAAUCUUGGUACACUUUUUCUUAGGACAUGUUGGAUCACGCAACAAGUAAUCAUUUCAGCUUUG